AAGGGAAGAGAAAAUCCUUUUGGUAACCAAGAAAAACCAGAAAAAAUGCAUUUAGUUUUUUUGUGUUAAUUGAUUGAACAGAAAGCUUCAUUAUUUAUUUGUUUUUUGUUUCUGAAAUUGUUGAUUUUUUUUUGCAUUAAAAUGAUACUGAAUUACCGCCAUAAUAACCGGUUAUUGAUUUUUAAUUACAUCAUCAUCAUCAUCAUUUUAAUCAGCAUCGGAUCAAACAUAAUCAAUUGUCAAAAACCAAUCGAUUAUAGUGAACAUAAAACAAUACAAUUAUUUAAUGUUGAUGAAUUAAAUGUUUAUAAUACAAUGGUUGAUUGUGUUACAAAUUGGCGACAACAAUUUUCACAAUGUAAUUUAGAAAUGUCUGCAUUAGCCAAUCAAAUAUUCACCAUCAUUGAAGAACAAUCAAAAUUUGGUGAAAUAAUUAAAUGUUGUGGUAUAUGGCUAGUACGUGAUUGUUGGAUAUCACAUAGUGAAAAAUAUUGUUCAAAAAAUCAAUCAGAAUUAAUAUUUCAUUUACCAUUUCGUUUAGUACCAUAUCUAAAUAAAUGGUGUACUGUUUAUCAUGAUCAAACUAUACUGUGUUUAAUACCCAGAUAUCCUUAUUUGGCUGCAUUGAUCAUAUUAACAUCGAUAUUACUUAUUGUGAUUAUCGUUGCAGGCAUUAUUAUCGUGAUUGUACGACAAAAACGUCGUCGUCAAUGUAAAAAAUUUCCUACAAUUAUUAAUAAUGGUGAAAAAAAUCAAUUUGAAUUAACAAAACCGGAUGAUAAUGAUAAUGAUGGUGGUGAUCUGGAAUCCGGUACAGAUCCGAACAUUAUGAAAAACGUUGAUAAUGCAGAUGAUAAUGAUGCUGAUGAACGACAAGCAUUAAAAAUGAAUCGUAAUUGAUUUUGUUGUUUUUUU